AUGUGUCCUCCAGGCGCAAGGUAUUCUCCAGGGAACGGGAAUGAGGACUAUGAUCGAUGGUCUCUGCACCACAUUGUUUGGGACAUCGAAGCGCGCGCAGGAUUCGCAGAGUUCAAGGACGUAUGGAGACAGAAGAUAAGAGAGAAGGAGAGUGGGUAUAACUCGGUAAUGAGGAGGAAUGACAAGGCGAACCAAUGGCGGAAAAGGGACCAGAAGAGAGAGAAGAGGUCAAAAGGUGGAGGAAUGUGGGACGAAGAGCACGAGCCUCCAAAGAGGAAGAGAGAAGAAGAGGCCGGAGAAGAGCGGGUGCGAUAA